GCGGUCCACAUACAGGAAGUGAGUUUUCAUCGACUGUUGCAGCCUCGCAGUGUCCGUGGAGAUCAGGGUUACACAGUAGUGAAGAAGACAUUCUGUGAGUAUGAGACACCCAACAGCCCCCCUCGUGUGUCUGGAGGACUAAGCAGGACAUAGAGCCCCGUCACAGUGCCUCCACCUCACUCACUGAUACAUGAGAGACACAAUGACUAGAAGAUUCUGGAACUCACCAACAAGAUCAUUCAGCUGCUGAUUGGAGAGGAGGGGGAGUAUAUAGAGGAACACAGGGGUCUGUACAAGGACGUGAUGAUGGAGAAUCACCGGCCCCUCACAUCACUGGAUGGCCCCAGUAACAGAGAUACCCCAGAGAGAUGUCCCCGUCCUCUGUAUUCCCAGGACUGUACAGAGGAGUAUCAUAGGAUCCCACAGGAGGAUCAGGUAGAACGUCUGUCUGAUAUUAAAACAGAAGAUAUAGAGGGAGAAGAAGAGACGUAUGUGACUGAUAUAAAGGCAGAAGAUAUAGAGGGUGAAGAAGAGACGUAUGUGACUGAUAUGAAGGCAGAAGAUAUAGAUGGAGAAGAAGUGACGUAUGUGACUGAUAUAAAGGCCAAUGAUACAGAGGGAGAAGAGACGUAUGUGACUGAUAUAAAGGCAGAAGAUAUAGAGGGUGAAGAAGAGACGUAUGUGACUGAGUUAAAGGCAGAAGAUACAGAGGGAGAAGAAGAGACGUAUGUGACUGAUAUAAAGGCAGAAGAUAUACAGGGAGAAGAAGAGACGUAUGUGACUGAUAUAAAGGCAGAAGAUACAGAGGGAGAAGAAGAGACGUAUGUGACUGAUAUAAAGGCAGAAGAUAUAGAGGGAGAAGAGACGUAUGUGACUGAUAUAAAGGCAGAAGAUACAGAGGGAGAAGAAGAGACGUAUGUGACUGAUAUAAAGACAGAAGAUAUAGAGGGAGAAGAAGAGACGUAUGUGACUGAUAUAAAGGCAGAAGAUAUAGAGGGAGAAGAAGAGACGUAUGUGACUGAUAUGAAGGCAGAAGAUAUAGCGGGAGAAGAAGAGACGUAUGUGAGGGGUGAUCAGCAGUGUAAGGAGGAGGAGAUCCCUACAGAUAUCAAUGGACACACAAGCAGGAAUAUCUCAGAAGGACAUCUAAUGUUAUCCCUGGAUUGUGAAAUAAAAGAUGACGCCAGUAGACAGGAUUCUCCAGGAGCUAACCCCAUUACCCCAAUUAUACAUCCAGCUCUAUCAGCUGAUCCCUCUGAUCCUGGGAAAUGUUCUCCUGAUCACUCUGAUAUUGGUGCAUCUGUUACAGCUCUGAAAGUAGAUACAGUGUUUCCAUGUUCUAUAGAUGCCAAAUGUUUUACACAGAACACAAAACCUAUUAACCCGCACACAGUUAAGGCAGGUGAAAGGCCACUUAUAUGUUCUGAGUGUGGGAAAUGUUUUACAUACAAAUCAGAUCUUGUUAUACAUCAGAGAAGUCACACAGGUGAGAAACCAUUUCCAUGUUCUGAGUGUGGAAAAUGUUUUUCAAACAAAUCAGAUCUCAUUAAACAUCAGAGAAGUCACACAGGUGAGAAGCCAUUUUCAUGUUCUGAGUGUGGGAAAUGUUUUACACGGAAAUCAUAUCUUGUUACACAUCAGCGAACUCACACAGGUGAGAAGCCAUUUCUAUGCUCUGAGUGUGGGAAAGGUUUUGCAAACAAAUCAGAUCUUGUUAAACAUCAGAGAAGUCACACAGGUGAGAAGCCAUUUCCAUGUUCUGAGUGUGGGAAAUGUUUUACACGGAAAUCAUAUCUUGUUACACAUCAGCAAACUCACACAGGUGAGAAGCCAUUUCUAUGCUCUGAGUGUGGGAAAUGUUUUGCAAACAAAUCAAAUCUUGUUAUACAUCACAGAAGUCACACAGGUGAGAAGCUGUUUUCUUGCUCUGAGUGUGGGAAAUGUUUUACACAAAAACCACAUCUUGUUAUACAUCACAGAAGUCACACUGGUGAGAACCCAUUUCCAUGUUCUGAUUGUGGGAAAUGUUUUACACAGAAAUCAUAUCUUGUUACACAUCAGCGAACUCACACAGGUGAAAACCCAUUUCCAUGUUCUGAGUGUGGGAAAGGUUUUGCACACAAAUCACAUCUUGUUAAACAUCACAGAAGUCACACAGGUGAGAAGCCAUUUUCUUGCUCUGAGUGUGGGAAAUGUUAUACACAAAAAUCACAUCUUGUUAGACAUCAGCGAACUCACACAGAUGAGAAGCCAUUUCUAUACUCUGAGAAAUAAAUCAUCUCAUAUUGCACACAAUAGACAUCACUCAGGUGAGGAACCAUUUUAAUCUUCUGGAGUAUACUCAUCAUUGCCAUACGUUGUUCUUUAAGGUUCUUAUCCUAUCUCCUAUGCUUUUUGCAAUAUACAUGCUACCACUGGGGGAAAUAAUCAGAUGUCAUGCCCUAAUCUGCCACUGCUAUACAGACACCUGUCUUUUGCUCCAGGUACUGAAAACCCAGUACCAAUACUUAAUGGUUGUCUAGCUGAGCUCCAGGUGUGGGUGAUGUCAGUUGGCUGUGACUCAGUCCUGGUGAAACAGGUCCAUAUGGUAGAAGCUCACCAACAAAGGGCAGGGCUACAGCUCAGCUUUGCCUACCAACCAGACUUACGCUUGGGGGUUCAGAGUUACAAAAUGCUGAUCCUGUGCGGACUCUUGGUGUCCUGGAUGGUGGAGUGACACUUAGACAUCGGUAUCUGCCACAAUCAGAUCCUCAUCUGAGGAACAUAGCCAGACUCCAGCACUUAUUUCCCUCAGAAGAUCUACCUACAGUCAUACAUGUACUUGUAUCAUCACACAUAGACUACUGCAAUGUCCUCUACCUGGGUCUCCCAGCAAAAGAAUUGCACCGCUAGUAGCUUGUACAGAAUGCAGCAGCCAGGCUGUUACCUAACCAGCCUGUUCCUGCCACAUAACACCCAUUUUCUGCUCCCUUCACCGGCUGCCUGUAAGAUGGUUACUCUUACAUAAUCUCACUGACUCUCCCAACCCUACAUGACCAGGGUCCAUGGUACCAGAAGCAGCUUCUGCCUCCUUACUGCCCUGCUUGCUUACUUCAAUCUGCAGAUGAAGGACUGUUACCAGUAGUACCAAAAAUCCCCAAGCACUGCUGAGAUGUCAGGUGUGAGACAUGAUGGUGGCACUAGUGCUGUAGUGGGGGCUGCCGGAGGCACUGUCUGUGGGUAAUAUUGUCCCCAAGCAGCGCUGAGGUGUCAGAGGGGGAGACAGGGCG